AUGGACGGGGGAUCUCAUAUGAAGCGCCCUUGGGACAAUGAACAAACAUAUCGAAGCCCAGACGCCAGAAAUGUCAUGCAGACCAUGACAGACGUCGGAGGAGCAAGAUCAAAUGUUCAACAUCUGCAUAAGGUGCCUUCUCCCAGUCACAUGCUUCCGCCUAUCGUGACUGUUCCGGAACAGUCGUCGCGACCAAUCCAUCCCGAUAGGAUAUCUACCUCCUUUACGCCCUCAGGGGCACCACAACGUCAUUCACACACAGAGUCUCCUCAAGAUAUGCUAUCUAAGCGACCACGGCUUUACUACGAUGUACCCCAACCAUCGGAUAUAGGCCGAAACCAACCACCAACACAUGAUACUCAUGCGAGAAUGCGCUCCACUAGCCACGAUAGACAUGACCAACAACAGUGGUCCACGUGGGAGCCUCGGAAUCCAGAAGGUGCAUACACGCCUCGAGAAAGCUGCCAGAACUGUUUUGAGUCAAAACGCCUCGUUGAAAAGGUUGUUGCGGGGCUUGAACGGUUGGAAGCUGAAUUGCGUCAAGUCUUGGCGUGCAGUCCGCUGGGGAGGACACUCAAAGAAGAAAGUACGGAACCACCUGGCGGGCCUAACAUCGCGGAUGCGGAAUUGAAGGAUUCCUUGAUGUGGGCGUGUCGCAGUGUGGAGGCCAGCACACGUCUCGUGCGGGAACUUGCGUCAAGCCAGCGAGCAUUGCCGCGUAUCUCUGUAGCCAAUCUGGGUAUUGGGUCUGGACAUGAACAGCCUAGUGCUAUCACAUCCGCCCCUCCAGACUUUUCAAGGGGCUUCAUGGACAAACACGAUAGAGACCGACCAAAAGAUACCCACCGCCGCUAUGGUCCGCAAUAUCGAACCGAUUACCAGAUACAACCAUCUGACCCUGCUCAGCCACAGUCACCUCAUCCAACAGGCUCAUCCAGAUCAGUAUACGGAAGCAGUCAGUCCCCUAUGGGAAUGGGUGCUUCUGGUCGUAUGCUGCCCUCUCCUUCAUCUAUCCACAACCCUCCUCCUCCGCUGUCUUCUGUGCAAGCAAGUUAUUCUCCGAAUUCCAACCAAUCUGCACACGCCACGCACCUGCAGGACUUGCAACAUCAAAUCAGCACCAAGUCUCUGGCACUUACCACUUUGCAGCGUGAACAUGACCAACUGCUUGCAGCAUAUUCACGCAUGCAGAUCCGCUGCCAAACCCUUGACAAAAAGUCUCAAGUAUCCGAUCACGAGAUCAAUACCCUGACAGAAGAAAAGAUCAGGCUACAAUCUCAGGUUGAAGCGUUCGAGGUGCAAGUAGAGGAGCUGGUGAAAGCGCGUGAUGAAGCACAGAAGCAGACCACCGCCAAUGGCGCACAGUACAUGCGAAUCAUGGCCAUGUCGUCGAAAUUACAAGUGCAAGGUGCCGAGGAAGCAAAACGAUAUAAGAUGGACCGUGAAGCAUGGGAGCGCGACCGGGAAGGUCUCCAACGCCGGAUUGAAGACCUUGAAGCCAAGCAAUCCAGUUUAACCAUUUCAGGGGAUGCAAAGCCUGACACCAUACCCGCCCCCAGCCCCGAGGACAUCCUCGCUUCUGCGUCUCUGGAUGUGUUAAGGAACGAGAUUGUGAGGCUAAGACAGAGCUUGCGGGACAUGGAACGGAUGUUGUUGGAACUUCGACAGGAAAGUGCGAACAUCGGUCAUGUCAUUACGGAAUGUACGGGAAUUAGAGAACGGCUGAACGCGAAGACCAUACCCGAACAGCAAGUUCAAGCAACGCCGACGGCGGUUUCAGAAGAACACAGCACAGCCAGCCGAGCUGUGGCAGAGCUAAUGGAGGCAGCCCAGGAGGAGUCAAGAGGGGAGUGA